AUGAGUCAACCUAGCCUGAGCCCGGGCCCCCACCACCCUCACGGCCCCCACGGCCCGCCGACCCCCGCCCUGAUCGAGCCAGCCCCACCCGCCGCCAAGAAAUUGAAAACCGACACGGGUCCGGCCGAUCCGGAUGUGAGCUACAACCCGCGUUUUAUGGACUUGUGUUUCGACAAGGCCCGUGAAGCCUUGCACGUGGGUGAAGUGCCCAUCGGGUGUGUGUUUGUGCGCGAGGGACACGUGGUGCACGCCGCCCGGAAUCGCGUCAACGAGACGCGCAAUCCCACUUUGCACGCCGAGAUCGUGGCCAUUCAGGCCUUGGAACGGCAGAUUCGCCAAGGCCAAGGCCAGAGUACGGGGCGUUUAGCCGUGCAGGCCUAUUUCAAUCGGGUCGUGGUCUACGUCAAUUGUGAGCCAUGUAUUAUGUGCGCCUCGGCCUUGCAACAGGUGGGCGUCCAGGGCAUCUUCUUCGGCUGCGCUAAUCCGCGAUUUGGCGGGUGUGGCACCGUCUUGGACGUGUUUCAGGUCGAUCACACGCGACGUUGGACGCCCUUCGUCCAACAAGGAUUCCGGGCCCACGACGCCAUCGAGUUAUUGAAAGAGUUUUACAAGGGCGAGAAUCCCAACGCCCCGCCCGAGAAACGUAAACCGGCUCGGAAGUGA